AUAGAAUAUCAACCACGUAACGUUUCAUUCUAAUAGAGUUACUUGGACUUCUGUUGCUUCCAACAGGGGAAAAGAAGAAGAAGGAAAAAAAAAAAGGGCUACAUUAAAUUUGGAAAUACCAUUUUUUUCCUUUUCAAAGUCUGUUUCGGAGAUGAUAGGCCACAAAUUAUCUUGAUUAAUGGCAUGUGGCAAAUAGGGCUCUUCUUGGUCGACUUCCAUUAGAGAUUUCCCUGCCGUCCGUGGUAUUAAAACACAGCCUCGCAUUUCCGUGACAGGAAAGAGAUGGCAGAAGAAUCUGGCAUGACUGCAGGAGGAGGAGAUAGAGAUAGAGAUAGAGAUGUGGAGGAACUGCAAGAAGAAGAAAAGGACGAAGAUAACAUUAUUGGUAUGAUCAACAGCAGAAUCAGUUUGGAUACAAGUACGAGCGGCGUUAACCCUUCAUCCCCCCUCUGGGAAUUGAAUCUUCUCAUCCUCCUUUCCUUCCUUUCUUUAUCUCCCGAAGAAUGUUUAGAUUUAGAAAAUUUUGAUGAAAACACCCACAAAGAUUCAAGACCGAGGCACCCCCUCUCACCAAGUUUACAGAUAAUUAGAAAGCGACAGAUGUGCGAGUUCAGAGCUCCUCCUGAACGGCAAUCUGCGAGGUUUCAGACCAGGGCAAGAGAUUGCAGGCACUUCAGACAAGUGUGAAAAUACACCCCAACAGCGCCCAUGUCCCGCACCUUCGGGAGCCCGCAUGCAAAGCACCAGCUUUGCUUUUUCAAAGGAGGAGUAGUGCUCUGUGUAAUUUCGUUGUUUACCUGCUAGUUUUGUGGUUGAUGGCCCAUACCAAUUACCAACAACACCUUUUUUGCUUUGA